GUGUGGGCAGGUGGAGGUGCCAUUGCGCGUGUAGGAGGCACCGAUAUAGUUUCGGGAACGUCUCCAUACACUUCAUCCGCUUUAACCCGCUCCUGUCCUGCGCAGCACCGUGCCAACUUCUUCUGGGCUGAACUUUCUUCUGGGCUGAGCAGAAUAGCAAAGCGCUCAGACUAUAAAAACCUUGGAGCUGUAGAUUAUAAAAUACCGUGCAGUAUUUAAAGGAUGCGUCCACUUCGCCCCGAUGCUGUGAUCCAGCAGAAUCAAACACCGAGGAUUCCGAGAUUCUUUACACGAUCAACUGGUUUCCUUAAGUGACGCUUUCUAGGAUCUUUGUUUUAACUUUGCACAAUGGACUACAGGACUCGUAUGUUUCUUGCCUCAAGUCGAGUCUUGAUUGGAAAACGCAGAGCGACAAAUCUGCUUCCAAAGUCAUUAUGACAAUCUCAUAAUCAAAUUAGAAAUAUAUUUUUUAGCAAAAUCGUGUUUAUAAAGAAUUAUACACCUACAUGGAACAUUGCAUGUUUUAGUUUGUGUAAAUUCAAGUAUUGUAAACAAAUCUAAAGGCUACUAUUGCACUAAAAAAAAGCAAAAAAAAAAAGCAUAGGAACAUUUUUUUUGCCCGUUUCGAGUUUAUCGGAAUCCCGUCGGCUCAUAUGGGACUGAGGCACUCAUCACGGUGCCUGCUUCUGCGCAGAAAGAUGGCGGAGGCUGAGAGCUCAGAGCAGAAGCAACAGCAGCGGCAGCAGAGCUCUGGCAAUCCUCCUUCUUUACAGCCUCCCCCUGUGCCUAAGCCCAUGGCCUCAGUUCAUCAUGUCCCUCGUCCCCCUCACACCCCACACGUCUCAGCACUGUCCACUUGCCCUGGACGUGGAAAAAUGGCCAAACUUCUCAAUCCAGAGGAAAUGACCUCACGAGACUACUACUUUGACUCAUACGCCCACUUUGGCAUUCAUGAGGAGAUGUUAAAGGAUGAGGUGAGAACACUGACCUACAGGAACUCCAUGUACCAUAAUAAACACAUUUUUAAGGACAAGAUUGUUCUAGAUGUGGGCAGCGGGACAGGGAUCCUCUCCAUGUUUGCUGCUAAAGCUGGAGCCAAACACGUCUAUGGGAUUGAAUGCUCAAGUAUAUCAGAAUACUCAGAGAAAAUCAUCAAAUCCAACCACUUGGACAAUGUUAUUACCAUACUUAAAGGGAAAGUGGAGGAGACAGAACUGCCUGUGGAUCAGGUGGACAUUAUUGUCUCUGAAUGGAUGGGAUACUGUCUUUUUUACGAGUCAAUGCUGAAGACUGUCAUUGCCAGGGACAAAUGGCUGAAGCCUGGAGGAUUCAUGUUUCCAGAUAGAGCAACCCUACACGUGGUGGCAAUAGAGGACAGACAAUACAAAGACUUUAAAAUCCACUGGUGGGAGAAUGUUUAUGGUUUUGACAUGACCUGCAUUCGCAACGUCGCCAUGAUGGAGCCACUGGUUGAUAUUGUGGACCCCAAACAAGUGGUGACCAACUCCUGCCUUAUUAAGGAAGUGGAUAUCUACACAGUAAAGUUGGAAGAUCUGGCCUUCACCUCAGCCUUUUGCCUGCAGAUCCAGAGAAAUGACUACAUUCACGCUCUUGUCACCUAUUUCAACAUCGAGUUCACCAAGUGUCACAAGAAGACUGGCUUCUCCACAGCUCCUGAUGCUCCGAGUACUCACUGGAAGCAGACAGUGUUUUACCUAGAGGAUUACCUCACAGUGAGGAGAGGAGAGGAAAUCCUGGGCAGCAUCGCCGUCAAGCCCAAUGAAAACAACGAGCGUGACUUGGACUUCACCUUUGAGCUGGAUUUUAAGGGGCAACUUUGUGAUGCAGCAAUUUCUCAUGACUACAAGAUGCGAUAGGAUUCCACCAGAGGGAGACUUUCCCUAACAGCUCAACCAUCAGGGGUGAACAAAACAGCAGGCUGUUACAUGCUCUGACCAAUCAGGAGAGACCAGCAGCAGAAUAUGAGCCCAGAGUGAUACACGUACCAAGAGCAAUAGUGUCACUUGUUCAUCAGUUCUGCAAAACUACCAGUCUGUGAGAGAGCAUCACUCUGAAUGUAACUUUCAAUGACCUUCAGAAUGUCUUAGUUGUCUAUUAUUUUAGAAAGAAAGCAUGAAAGUAAGUACAGUGGUGAACAGUAACCUACAAGUAAAUGUGAUAAAAAUUUUUAAAAAGUAAGAUGCCCAAAAGACUUGAGCACAGUAAUAGGAUUAACAGAAUGAGUAUAUUCUUAUGAGACAGCAUGGAGUAAGAUUUUAAAAUUGUGACAUUUGACUGGGUGUUUUUGUGUGGUCACAUAAUUUCAUAUUGUAAUUGGUAUGUUUUUAGUUUUUUUUUUUUUUUUUUAUGUUUAUCUUGUUUUGAAUCAACAUCUUAUGCAAACAAUUUUUAGCAGUUUGGAACGUUGG